CAUUUUGAUUUUCAGUAUUUAGAAAUGAUGGAGUUAGAUAUAGGAGAUGCCACCCAAGUUUAUAUAGCAUUCUUGGUUUACCUGGACCUCAUGGAGAGUAAAAGUUGGCAUGAAGUGAACUGUGUGGGAUUACCAGAUCUCCAGCUCAUCUGCCUUCUUGGUACUGAGAUCGAAGGAGAAGGGUUACAAACAGUGGUGCCUACACCCAUCAAUGCGUCCCUCAGCCAUAACAGAAUAAGGGAGAUCUUGAAGGCAGCUCGGAAACUGCAGGGUGAUCCAGAUUCGCCGAUGUCUUUCACUUUGGCCAUAGUGGAGUCCGAUUCCACCAUCGUCUAUUAUAAACUUACUGAUGGAUUUAUGCUGCCAGAUCCUCAGAAUGUUUCCCUUAGGAGAUGACAUCUACACUUCCUGGUGCUUGCUUUGUUCACACAAGACUGGAUUGAGACCCAGCAUCCUGGUUCACCUUCUGGCUCAGAGAUGGUCAGGGUUGACGUAGCUGGUCCCAUCUCAUAAGUUUUCUUUUUGGGGCAUAAAUCUCUCCCAGAUAGAAGAAUUUAUUUUGUUCAAAAUAAAGGGUAGUUGCUUUCUUACUUAUCUUAAGAACUCUCUUAUCUGGAGACCGUUUAGUUAUAGUUGUGUACAAGUGUAUGCUGAGGAUGUGCCCAGAAGGGUGGAACACAUGUGUCUUCUGUCAUCGCUGCCACUGCCAGCUCGUCCCCUCCCUCAGCCUCCCAGUGUCUUUUCAUCACUAUAGCUAGCCUGGAAUAGUGUUCUAUAUACUCACAGACACCUGGAGAGUUUAGUCUGCUUCUUCAUCCCCAAAAGAAAGUAAGGGUUUUCUUUUGAUUGGUAUUCGUGUUGCAAUGACUGUUACUUCCCUCUUAGGUUGACUUUAAAUCAGAACUAAAAAUAUGCUCACCCAGAGUGUAAAAUUACAUGUGCAGAAUAAUAGGGACCAGAGAAGUUCCACCUGCAGGAGUCCUGGGCCUUUCUUUCCCACGUUUAUUACCAUCUCCCACCCCUUACUGUGUCAUAGCUAGGACAUUUCAAGAGGGAUAGUAGGGGACAGCGUCAACCUUAAAAACAUCUUUAUGAACUAGACCCAGUUUUUCUACUUUUGUUAAUACCUCCCAAUUAAGUUGCCUAAAGUAUAAAAGGUUAUAUGCACGAAGGUGUUUCAAGUGGCAUUUUGGGACAUGAAAUAGCUCAAAUUAUAAACCACUUAAAAGUUUAAGGCAAAGAUCAACAAACUUUUUCUGGAAAGGACCGGAAAGGAAAUAUUAGGCUUUUCAGGCCAUAUAGGCUCUCUCACAACUUCUCAAUUCUGCUGUUUGUUGGGCAAAAAUACCUAUGGACAAUAUGUAAGGGAAUGGGCAUGGCUGUGUUCCAAUAAAACUUUAUUUACAAAUGCAGGGCCAUAGUUUGCCAACCCUGGUCUGGGGAAGUAGUCAAUAAACAUACAUAGCUAAUGAAUGAUACAUUAUGUACCUACUAAAAAUUAGUAAUGAAUGUAAUGAAACACAUGAGAAAAUACUUAGUAAAAAAAAAAAAAAGCAAGGUACCAUAGUGUAUGAAUGGGUAUGGCCAAGGCUAUAAAUAACACACCAAAUAUAAAAAGAUGAGACAAUAAGUUACUAACUGUGGUUAUCAUAGGAUGGCAGGGUAGUGAAUGGAUGACUUUGUCUUAAGUAUUUCAGUUUUUCUUUAUUUGUAUUACUUUUAUAAGAAAAGUGUUUUAAAAUAAAGGCAUCCUGAAAUCU